GCUUACAAAGGUGUUGGCUGUCCAAGAAGGGUAUAAAUACCCGCGCACCUCAAGAGUGUUAAGCAGUUCUACUACUGCAGUUUUACAGCGUGUCUGAAGUUCCAGAUCUAUCAAGUGUAUAUAUACAAAAUGGCGUGUCGUCCGUGGCUGAUGGGUGUGACAUCAGUGCUGGUGGUAUACGUGCUGGCGGUGGUGCAGGCACAGGGAGUGACAGACCCGCCUGACGUGAAUGAGUGUCUCAGCAGUCCGUGCCGAAAUGGCGGGACUUGUCUGAACGGGAGAGGCGAGUACGCCUGUCUGUGUGCUCCUGGGUGGAAAGGCACCAACUGUGAGGAAGUGCUGACGUCUCCGGACAACAGAGGAACGGAGUUUGUGGUCGGCUUCCUGCAGAACCACGGAGCCAGCCAACUCGAGCUGUUCAUCACCAGCGCGAGCUCAGAGCCCGCCACCGUCACCAUCACUGCCCCAGGUGCCAGCUACACGGAGCAGCUGGUGGUGACUGACGCAGCUGUGCAGGUGGUCACCCUGCCGCGCUCCGUCAUGCUCACCGGGCACGAGCGGGCUCAGAAGGGCGUCCUCGUCACCGCAGACCGCGAGAUCAUCCUGUACGGCGUGAACAAGGAGAGGCACACCACAGACGGCUUCCUGGGUCUUCCUGUCGACGUUCUCGGCAAGGAGUAUUUCGUGGCUUCCUACACCCCCGCGUUUCGGGAGUAUCCGUCCGAAUUCGGCAUCUUCGGUGUUGAAGACGGCACCUCGGUCAGCGUCACUCUGAAGGGGACUGUGUACCAUGACGGCAGGGACUACCAUGCCGGGAGCGUCAUCACGCUCACGCUGGACCGUCUGGAGGCUGUACAGUUCCAGGGCAGGUACCUGUCAGAUCUUACGGGUACCCACAUCGUGUCGGACAAACCGGUGUCCGUCAUGUCCGGUGUGCGGUGCGACAAGGUGCCGAACCAGUUCGCCGCGUGCGAUCAUCUGGUCGAACACGUCCCGCCCGUCAACACCUGGGGACAGCGCUUCGUGACGGUCCCGCUCGCCGUGCGACAAGCAGGCGACAUCUUCCGACUGGUGGCUGCCAGAAACGGCACCGAUGUCAGCGUCACUGGCGUAACGCCUCGUACGCUAGACGCAGGCGACUUCUGGGAGCUGGACCUUUCGUCUAGCACCUACAAGACCAUCACCUCCUCGCAGCCCAUCAUGGUACUGCAGUACAGCAAGGGGCAGGAUUCGGACGGCAUCGCCACGGAUCCCUUCAUGAUGUACCUGCCGCCGGUGGAGCAGUUCGCCGCCGACUACACCUUCGCCACGGUCGACGCGCUGUCCACGGCCUACACCAGCUACGUCAACAUCGUCAUCAAGACGUCGCAAACGUCGGGGCUGACGUAUGACGGCAACCCGCUUCCUUCCUCCACCACCUGGUCACCCAUCCCAGACACCGACCUGUCCGCCACACAGCUUCACAUCGGCUCCACGGGGACACACAAGAUCAAGCACCAGUCCGCCAUUGUCACCUUCUCCCUGUUCUACUACGGCUUCUCCUACGCUGACUCCGUGGGUUUUCCAGGAGGUCUCCGAUUGGCCAGCAUCUCCGGCGGAUGUGACGUCACAGAACCCAUGGUUGGCGACGGCGUCGACAACGACUGUGACCAACUGGUGGACGAGGAACUACUGAACGGAAUAGAUGAUGACGGCGACGGUCUCAUUGACGAAGACUUGGCUGACGUCAACCAUGACGUGGAUGAGUGUGAACUCGGAUUGGACGACUGUGACCCUGACGCAGUCUGUGUCAACACGCACGGCUCGUACAAGUGCGAGUGUAAACCUGGAUUCACCGGAGAUGGCAAGACAUGCUGGACCAGAAGCACGUGUGUUGCCUUUGGAGACCCCCAUUACAUCACCUUCGACGGGCGCACGCACCACUUCCAGGGCGCGUGCACGUACACGCUCACACGGAACUGUCAGAACAACACGCUGCCUUACUUCAACGUUGAGACCAGGAACGAAAACCGCGGCAACCCGCGCGUCAGCUACGUCACAGACGUCACCGUGGAGGUCUACAACCACACAAUUGUGGUGGAGAAGAACAAGAUUGUCUAUAUUGACCAGCUGAUCACAACUCUGCCUGCCGAACCACGGGCUGGUCUAACAGUCAAGUUCGUCGGUCAGUACGUUACCAUAGAGACAGGCUUCGGGCUGAAGGUGUCGUUUGACGGGAGGCAUCGCGCCGAGGUCGUCCUGCCCGACCUGUACCACAGCGCCCUCUGCGGACUGUGUGGGAACUACAACGGCGACGUCAAUGACGAAUUCCUGACACCUGACGGCACGCAGGCUGCUGACGUCGUGCAGUUCGGCAACAGUUGGCGGGUUGAGAGGGAAGGCGACCAGUGUAACGAGAACCCAGAACCCCCAGCGCAGUGCAGCGACGACCUCCAGCGGACUGUAUCGGAACUGUGCGGAAUUCUGAACGACCCGAGCAGCGUGUUCGCCUCCUGCUACUCAGCCCUCAAUCCAGAGGGUACUGUUGAGACCUGCACGUAUGACAUGUGUGCCCUGGAUGGAGACAUCAUGUCCCUGUGUGACAGCUUACAGGCCUACACCGACUCCUGUGCUGAGGCUGGCAUCAACAUCGGGACAUGGAGGAAUGCAACCUUCUGUCCACUCUCCUGCCCCGGCAACAGUCACUACAGCUCCUGUGCCAGCGCCUGUCCUGCCACCUGUACAGACGUGUCUGCACCUCAGUACUGUAACCGCACCUGUGUGGAGGGAUGCCAGUGUGAUGACGGGUAUGUGCUGAGUGGAGGGGACUGUGUGACCAGGCAAGAGUGUGGCUGUACCCGUGAUGGACAUUACUAUGCAGUUGGAGAAACAUGGGGAGAAGGUUGUAACCGCCGCUGCGAGUGCAUCAGUAAGAACAACAUCCAGUGCACGGAUGUCAGGUGCGAUGAAAACGCUUUCUGUGGGAUCCAGAAUGGAAUCCAAGGAUGUCACUGCAACAGUGGCUACCAGGGCAAUGGGUCUUACUGUGAAUUUGUGGAUGCCUGUGAGAGCAGCCCCUGUCACAACGGUGCCUGUGCUAAUGACAACAGUGGUGGAUAUCUGUGUACAUGUGCUGCAGGCUGGACUGGCACUGACUGUGAUGGAGAUGUAAAUGAGUGCCUGCAGGGAUCACACAGUUGCCAUGCCAAUGCCAACUGUUCGAACACUGAAGGAAGUUACACCUGUACCUGCCAGGAUGGUUUUGAAGGAGACGGCCAGAGGUGUACAGAUAUAGAUGAAUGUUCCUCUGGUACCCAUGGUUGCCAUGGUGAUAUGACAUGUACAAACACAGUUGGAAGUUUCACCUGCACGUGCUCGGCAGGAUUUGUUACUAAUGGAAAUGUCUGCACAGAUAUUGAUGAGUGUGCCUCCGGAGCCCACAGCUGUCAUCCUGAUGCUUAUUGCACCAACACCCCUGGCGGCUUCAACUGUACCUGCAUGCCAGGGUAUCAGGGUAACGGCCAGACAUGCACAGAUGUAAAUGAGUGCCUGCAGGGAUCACACAGUUGCCAUGCUAAUGCCAACUGUUCGAACACUGAAGGAAGUUAUACCUGUACCUGCCAGGAUGGUUUUGAAGGAGACGGCCAGAGCUGUACAGAAAGCUGCAUCAGUUGGACAGACUGGUUUGACCGUGACAACCCCUCGACGACCGGUGACUGGGAGACGAUGACCUCGCUUCGAAACGAGAACCCAGGGCGAAUCUGUGACUCGCCGACAGGCAUCCAAGCCCGCGUCGUCGGCACAGGACAGGACGCGUCAUCGACGGGAGAGGUCUUCGCUUGGAACGAUCCAGUAAACGGCUUUGUCUGCAGGAAGGCGGACCAAACAGACGGCGUGUGCCUGGAUUAUGAAGUCCGUCUCUGCUGCCCGGAAGUUGAUAUUGAUGAGUGUGCCUCCGGAGCCCACAGCUGCCAUCCUGAUGCUUAUUGCACCAACACCCCUGGCGGCUUCAACUGUACCUGCAUGCCAGGGUAUCAGGGUAACGGCCAAACAUGCACAGAUGUAAACGAGUGCCUGCAGGGAUCACACAGUUGCCAUGCCAAUGCCAACUGUUUGAACACAGAGGGAAGUUACACCUGUACCUGCCAGGAUGGUUUUGAAGGAGAUGGCCAGAGCUGUACAGAAAGCUGCAUCAGUUGGACGGACUGGUUUGACCGUGACAACCCCACGGCAACCGGUGACUGGGAGACGAUGACCGAGCUUCGAAACGAGAACCCAGGGCGGAUCUGUGACUCACCGACGGGCAUCCAAGCCCGCGUUGUCGGCACAGGUCAGGCCGCGUCAUCAACAGGAGAGGUCUUUGCUUGGAACGAUCCAGUAAAUGGCUUUAUCUGCAGGAAGGCGGACCAAACAGACGGCGUGUGCCUGGAUUAUGAAGUCCGUCUCUGCUGCCCGGAAGUUGAUAUUGAUGAGUGUGCUUCCGGAGCCCACAGCUGCCAUCCUGAUGCUUAUUGCACCAACACCCCUGGUGGCUUCAACUGUACCUGCAUGCCAGGGUAUCAGGGUAACGGCCAGACAUGCACAGAUGUAGAUGAGUGCCAGUCAGGCAGUCAUGACUGCUCCCCCUCAGCAGUGUGCACCAAUACUGCAGGUGGCUUCAACUGUUCCUGUCCAAGUGGCUACACUGGUGAUGGCAGAACCUGCACAGUGGAUGUGACGAGUGACUGUGUGGACUCGCCCUGCCAGAAUGGCGGCACGUGUGAGCAGGAGGUCGGAGGUUACAGGUGCCACUGUGCUGAAGGCUGGGAGGGGAACACCUGCCAACUGUUCACCUGUGCUGGCCGGGCUCCUGGGCGCUACAGGAACCCUGAUGACUGUGGGUCGUACUAUGAGUGUGUAACUGGACAUCCUCUGUACCUGAGAGACUGUGCACCAGGGGAUACAGCCUACAGUCCUGUCACAGACAGGUGUGAGUGGAGUUGGGAGGUGCCUGGAUGUGAGCCUCACUGUGACGUCCCAUGUCAGAAUGGCGGCACCUGUACAGCCCCCAACACCUGCACCUGUACCUCUGCAUUCACUGGAGACACCUGCCAACAAGAUGUAUCAGGUGAUGGUGGUGAUGACAGCAACUCACAGAAGGUCAUCUUCCCUGGUCCCAGAGGUGUUGAUGACUACGCCAGGAUGAGGACCACAUUGUCUGAGGACUUAACGAGCUUGACCCUCUGUGUGCACAUGCGCUCCAACAUGGAUUCCAGCGAUCAGAUCAGCCUGGUCAGCUACGCAGUGUCACAACAUCACAAUGAGCUGCUCUUGUUUGUUAAUGGUGGAUUCAGACUGUACAUACAGGGUUUUACCCAAAUGGCAGACCCAGCAGUAUGGGACGGUGAGUGGCACACAGUCUGUACUACCUGGCGCAGCAGUGAUGGAGCCUGGCAGCUCUACGCUGACGGCGUGCUGACGGCUUCAGGCUCCAGGUUUAACGUGGGAGGGAGGGUGCGCAGAGGCGGCACGUUCAUCCUCGGACAGGACCAAGACGUAGUCGGGGGAGGGUUCCAUGCAGGCCAGUCGUUCAUCGGAGAACUGUCGGAAGUGAACCUCUGGGACCGCGUGCUGUCUCCGGCAGAAAUAGGAGCGGACUGGGCAGCGUUCUGUAGUUACCAUGGCAACCUGAUUGACUGGGAUACAACUAACAUCGAAGUCUUCGGACAGGCCAGCAUGGCAGAGUAUCAAUGCAAUGCAGUGGAUGUGACGAGUGACUGUGUGGACACGCCCUGCCAGAAUGGCGGUACAUGUGAGCAGGAGGUUGGAGGUUACAGGUGCCACUGUGCUGACGGCUGGGAGGGAAACACCUGUCAGGAAUUCACCUGUCAAGGCAGAUCUGCUGGCCGCUACCCGGCUGACUGUGGGAAGUACUAUGAGUGUGUAACUGGCCACCCUCUGUACCUGAGAGACUGUGCCCCAGGCAACACAGCCUACAGUACUGUCACUGACAGGUGUGAGUGGAGUUGGGAGGUGCCUGGAUGUGAGCCUCACUGUGACGUCCCAUGUCAGAAUGGCGGCACCUGUACAGCCCCCAACACCUGCACCUGUACCUCUGCAUUCACUGGAGACACCUGCCAACAAGCUGUUAGCACUUUUACAUGUGACGGAAGGACGUCCAACUCAUACCGCCCUACUGGUCAGUGUGGCACAGAGUACUACGUCUGCAUCCCUGGUCACAGUUCUCCAACCACCAUGAACUGUCCGGCUGGACUGAUCUUCAACAACGCCAACCGUGUGUGUGACUGGCCAAGCAAUGUGUCUGAUUGCUGAAAAUGAUAAUUUUUGCAUGGUAAAAAGAAAUAUGUACAAAUUAGAGGGCUCUUUAGAUAUAUAUUGAGGGGUGCAGAGAAGUUUGGUUUGUUGCUACUUCAUAUGAUACUAUCUGCUAGAACUAUCAAAAAGCUUUCAAACAUUAAUAUUACAUUAUUGUAGUAUAGUCAUACUAAACAUGCAACGCAUGUUCCUUUGUUCUUGUUUUCUUAAGUUUCAUCAUAGUAAUAUAAUGCACUAUGCUUCUUAUAGAAGUCAGAUGGUUUUAAAAACCUUUUUAAACUUAAAAUGUUUCUUUCUAUCUAUCUUUAAAGUAAGACUUUUGUAUUCCUUAACAUUAUUCAUCACUGUGGAGUUGAGUAGUUCUAGGGGAGGAAACAUUAGGAAGUAUUAGUUUCUUUCCAGGUGUUUGUAAACGUGCAGGUUUAUCUGUGUUCAAUAUAUUGAAGAUAUGUCAAAUAAAAAUGCCCUGGGAAAAUGAGA